GCUGGAAGAGUUGCAUAAAGGCUAAAUGACCUUCAGUCCAGCCGGCCUUCUCUUAUUUCUACCUCAGUAUCAGGCCGUCCCAGGGGAAGUUUUGCUUAUAUGCCUUUUGUUAUCAAUAUACUUUAAUCUCAUCCUUGUACCAAGCCCACAAAGGUAUGCUAAUGAGAACUCAACUCUCCUAGACAUGACUGUGAAAAUCUCUCCUCAGUAGGUUUCAGAAAGUGCUGAGAAGUCUUAGCCACCAGCAAGGGGAAAGGAAACAAGAUUCUGAACCUUCAUUUGCUCUCCAGCAAUGCAAAAAUCCUUUUGAGUGGUUGAACCAGAAGCCAUCACAGCUCAAAGGAAGGCUUGUAGAAAUCAAAGCUUUCAACAAGAACAAGGAGAAAUGGCUAAACGUACCUUUUCCACGUUGGAGAUAUUCCUGAUUUUCCUCCUUGUGUUGAUGACUGCCAUCACAGUGGCCCUUCUCAGCCUCUUGUUUAUCACCAGUGGGACCAUUGAGAAUCACAAAGAUUUAGGUUCUCCAGCCACACAGAGCCCUCCAGCCCCUCCGGGCUCCAUAGCCCCUCCGGCCCCUCCAGGUUCCACAGCCCCUCAAGGCUCCACACGCACCCAGGGCUCUACAACCACCCAGUCGUCUCCAGCGACCACCACACCACAGCCUCCCCUGUUCCAGAACUUCAGUGGCUACCAUAUCGGAGCUGGGCGAGCUGACUGCACGGGACAAGUAGCUGACAUCAGUUUGAUGGGCUACGGCAAAGUUGGCCAGAAUGCACGGGGCAUCCUCACAAGGCUGUACAGUCGUGCUUUUGCCAUCAUGGAACCUGAUGGGUCAAAUCGAAUGGUGUUUGUCAGCAUUGACAUAGGCAUGGUAUCCCAACGACUCAGGCUGGAGGUCCUGAACAGACUGCAGAGUAAAUACGGCUCCUUGUACAGAAGAGACAAUGUCGUGCUGAGUGGCACUCACACACACUCCGGUCCAGCAGGAUUCUUCCAGUAUACUCUGUUUGUGAUCGCCAGUGAAGGAUUUAGCAAUCGAACUUUUGAAUACAUCGUCAAUGGCAUUGUGAAGAGCAUUGAGAUAGCACACAGAAAUAUGAAACCAGGCAAAAUCUUUAUCAAUAAAGGAAACGUGGAUGGUGUACAGAUCAACCGAAGCCCUUAUUCUUACCUUCAAAAUCCUCCAACAGAGAGAGCCAGGUAUUCUUCAAAUACAGACAAGGAAAUGGUAGUCUUGAAAAUGGUAGAUUUGAAUGGAAGUGACCUGGGCCUUAUCAGCUGGUUUGCCAUCCACCCAGUCAGCAUGAACAACAGCAACCACCUUGUAAAUAGUGACAAUAUGGGCUAUGCAUCUUACCUUUUUGAGCAAGAGAAGAACAAAGGAUAUCUACCUGGACAGGGACCAUAUGUAGCAGCAUUUGCUUCAUCAAACCUGGGAGAUGUGUCCCCCAAUAUUCUUGGCCCACAUUGCAUCAACACUGGAGAAUCUUGUGAUAAUGCCAAUAGCUCUUGCCCCAUUGGUGGGGGUAGCACGUGUAUUGCUAUGGGGCCUGGACGGGAUAUGGUUGACAGCGCACAGAUUAUAGGGCAGACCAUUUAUCAGAGAGCAAAGGAACUAUAUGCCUCUGCCUCCCAGGAGGUAACCGGACCACUGGCUUCAGCUCAUCAGUGGGUUAAUAUGACAGAUGUCACCAUUUGGAUCAAUUCUACACACACCGCAAAAACGUGUAAACCAGCACUGGGCUACAGUUUUGCAGCUGGCACAAUUGACGGAUUUGGGACCCUCAAUUUUACACAGGGGACAACAGUAGGGAGUCCAUUUUUGGAGACUAUUCGGGAUCAGAUCCUGGGCAAGCCAUCUGAAGAAAUCAAAGAAUGUCAGAAACCAAAGCCAAUCCUUCUUCAUACGGGAGAGUUGUCCAAACCUCAUCCCUGGCACCCAGAUAUUGUUGAUGUUCAGAUUAUUACCCUUGGGCCUGUGGCCAUAACUGCCAUCCCUGGGGAGUUUACGACCAUGUCUGGACGAAGAUUUCGGGAGGCAGUUCAAGCAGAAUUUGCAACUUAUGGAAUGCAGAAUAUGACUGUUGUUAUUUCAGGUCUAUGCAAUGUCUAUACACAUUACAUUACCACCUAUGAAGAGUACCAGGUUCAGCGGUAUGAGGCAGCAUCCACGAUUUAUGGGCCGCAUACUCUGUCUGCGUACAUCAAGCUCUUCAGAGUCCUUGCUAAGGCCAUUGCAACGGACACAGUAGCCAACCUGAGCAGUGGUCCUGAGCCUCCAUUUUUCAAACAACUGAUGCUCCCAUUAAUUCCUAAUGCUGUGGACAGAGCACCAACAGGCAAAACUUUUGGGGAUGUUCUGCAGCCACUGAAACCUACAUACAGAAAGGGAGAAGUUGCUGAGGUUACAUUUGUUGGUGCUAACCCAAAGAAUUCAGCAGAAAACAAGACCCAUCAGACCUUCCUCACUGUGGAGAAAUAUGAGGCCACUUCAACAACAUGGCACAUAGUGCAUAAUGAUGCCUCCUGGGAGACUCGUUUCUAUUGGCACAAAGGAUUACUGGGUCAUAGCAAUGCAACAAUACAAUGGCAUAUUCCAGAUACUGCCCAGCCUGGACUCUAUAGAAUAAGAUAUUUUGGACACAAUCGGAAACAGAACUUUCUCAAGCCUGCUGUCAUACUUUCAUUUGAAAGCACCUCCUCCACUUUUGAAGUUGUAACUACUUAAUGAAAAGCUGACAAACUAGCUUUAAAUUUAAUUUGCAGUUUAAAGAGUAGCUGUACUCUGUAUGAUUUAUAUAAUUGAUUUCAUAUGAAUGGAAACUAUUGUGAUGACUUCUAUAAUUGCUCUUGUCUGGGAACAGAUAGUUUACUGCUAAUGGGACAGAGAUAUGUGUGUGUAUAUAUAUGAGAUGUGUGUGUCUCAUUUAUCUUGCUCCAGCAGGUUUGUACCUCAUAGUCUACAUCCUAAAGCAUGAUUUCCCUUGGGGCCCUAUGGCUGUUUAAAGGGACAGUUCUACUCAGUAUGAAACCUCUGAAAAGCUAGUAAGAGUGGUUGAAGAUACGUGAACAAUGUUGAAACUAUUUAUUGAUAGAAUUAUUGAAUGUUAGCACUGGAAAAGUUUAAAGAGAUUAUCUAGUUUGAUACUUCAGUUUGCAUAUGGGAAAAAUGAAGUUUUAUGGAUUUAGGGUUAGCAUCAGGAUGCAGGACCUUUCCACCAGUCACAUUUAAAAAAUAUUAUAUACACAUUGAUCAUAAAUGUAUAGACCUAAUUAGAGAAACUUAGCAUGAAAAUUAGCUUGCCAGUUUUUCUAUAUUGAGCAUAGCCUUUUAAAGUAGUCACCCUGAAGUUAAUAUGCCUAAUCCUGAGUUUUGUUGAUGCUCAAAUCAUUUUUGGAAUUGCUUUCUGAGUGCAAUUAUGAAAAAGUCAGACUUGCAAUAUUUUGAUCAUGCCUUCUGUUUCCCUAAGUGCUCUUAUCCCACUGAAUUGUGUCUCUUAUUUUGAAGACUUGUUCUAACUGAUUUUUGACUGUUUUCACUAAUUAAAUACACCCAAACCACAAAGCUUUGCCAUUAGUAUUGAUAUUAAAAUGAAAAUAUUACUGGCUUAGAAGAGAGUCCUCAAAGGAGAGGCUCUAAAUUCACUUGUUUGUUCUUUUCUCACUCCCUCGUGGACCCAUUCAAUCAUAAUGUUUAUUAAGACUUACUCUUAGACCCAGAGCUCUACUAGUGCCUGGCUUUGAAAAUUAGUGAGGUCAUAUGUGAGAUGAAUGUGUAAGUGUCAAUAGGUGACCAUUUGGGGAAGAAAAUACUAAAUAUAUAAAGUCUAGGGGGGCAUUUAAAAGUCAGUAAUCUUCAAGUCAUAUCUUGUAUACAAUCUGUACUGGAUAUUAUUUGGGAGGAAAAGGACUCCCAGUUUUGAAAAACAUGUCUUGAAAGUUAUUUUUUUAAACAUUAUGAACCCAGCCUAAUGUUCCAAACAAUGAGAUUUGACAAUCUAACAUUGAUUACUUGAAAGUACUAAUCGCUUUUAAAAUUAUCCAUGUUAAGUAGGAGCCUCCAGGUUACAAAUUUCCAAAACCAAGUCAUGCUUUUGUGUGUAUGGAAAAGCAUUAGCAUUUUAGGCAAAAAAUCCACCUUUAUUUCAAAAAUAAACUUUAAAGUUUGAAAAUAGUAAUGACAUUAAUAUUGAUAAUGCUAAUGUUCACUUAUGUAUGACUAACCAAGCUAUGUUGCAUUGGGGCGAGCCUCAAAUACUUUUUGAUGUAUCAGUACUGUAGAGGCUGCUUGUUUGGAAGUUAACUGCUGGAGAAUUAGGUAUCAGGAUUGCAAAUGGUUGUUAUCCUUUUUCUUUAUGACACCACAGUAUUUAGUGGAAAAGUUCAGAAGCCUAAAAGAGCAGGUGAUUCUGAAUGUAGGUGACCCACGACAGGUAAGUUAUAUUAGAACUGAUGACAGGAUUUUCAAAGUAUUUCUCAUGACUCAGAAGAGUUUCUGAACUUUUUUCCACCACCUCCAUGCCACUCACUGAAGCUUUCCUCAGUCAGCCUGGGAUUCCCUGCUGUUCAUUUACAGCCAUUGUAUUUUGCUACUGAAUGACCCUUCUGCACCCAGCCCUCUGUCCACCAAUGUGCUUGGACUCAACCCACAGAAACCUGUUUUCUCACUAGCUGCCAUCUCUUCCAACCUAUGCAGUUCCCUUCUGCAGUUUGUAAGACCAGAUCCCUAUGUUAUAGAUACCACCGUUCUUCAUUUAAGCCUAAAAGAUUUCCAGGAAGAAGCUGAUCUGAUAGGCUAAUAUACAAACAUAGAUCCAAUCUGCCUGUGUCUGCUUUUGGGAGUGGCUCAUUGGAACCAAACCAUGUGGAGAAAACUCCAGAAAUUGGUGGCGAAUAUGGAAAAAAAUGGGGUUGGGUUGGUGGGGGAACUCUUUCGGUGAAGAUUUUGUCUCUCAUGUCAGUGUGUCUGUGUUUUAUUUGUUGUCCUCUGUCUACUCCAGUUUUAAGGGCACUGUGACUUCUUCAGAAAGUACUGAUGAUUCCUCCAUAGUUUUCAAUGAGUUGUAGAUAAAUUGUUAAUUUUCAAUAGAAUGUUUAAUAGUAGAUUAAUAAUUACACUUAGUAAAGUAUUUCUAUUAAGAGAUGAUGUAAAGGAAUGAGUACUUUUCUUUUUAAGAGAAGGACAAAUCGUGGUGGAUUCCAUGUAAAUCAGGUUGGAAAGUGAUAUAAAUGACCUCUUCUAAGUAACCACUCAAACAUAAGGGAACCCUUUAUUAGUUCCUUCCUGCCCUCCAAAGAUUUACUCUGGUAAAAUACAUGUUUGACAUUUUUUUACUGCUAUUGCAACUGAGAGUUUCCUAGGCAGGUAGUUAAUUAUAAAAUUGUCUUAUGAACUAAUAUUGAACAAAGGAAUAAAUAUACUUGUGCAUAUCUUCUUUCAAUUUAACUUCUUAUGCUUCUCCUCCAGUGUUGGCAAGCACACUGUCCUUUUCUUAUUAUUAGCACAUGGAUUUCAUCUUUAGCUAGAUGACUCCAUCAUUAGAUGAUCCUUUUAUGCACUUAGUUCUUUCAAAUAAUGUUUUUGCUUCCUGGGUAUCCCAGUCUGACCUACCAGUAUAUACUGGCUUUUGGAAUUUCUGCCAUAUACGUUGCCAGAAAGGGAAAUUUGUACAUUUCUCACACAAUUAGAAUGCAUUUAGCUGUAAGUAACAAAAUAUUCUUGAUCGACAGGGGUCCAAACAGUAAAGAUAUUUACAAUCUCACAUAGCAAUGAAUCUUGAGGUGACAAAUUCAGGGUUUGGUUAAGCCACUCAAAGAUGUUACUGGCUUUCUUAGCAUUUUAUUUCAGUUCUUAGGCUUGUCCUAUCAGUCAAAAGAUGGCGAUCUCAUGUCUUCAUGCAAUUGCAUGCAGCAGCAAAAAGGAAGAGGAGAGUUCUCAGAAUCUGUUUUUGGAAGGUGGAAAGUAUUUAGUAGAAACAUAAAUAGAAUUUUCCUUACAUUUCAUUGUCCAGAAUUAUGCCACAUAGCUUCAAAGAAGGCUGAGAAAGGGAAUAUUUGGUAUUUUCUGCCUCUAGAGAGGAAGGCAAGUUCUGAUAGCAAGAAGGAAAAGGUGGUGGAAGUUACUGUUCUAUAAAUGUGUCAAACGAAAUGGGUUUGCUGUGCAACAACAUUCAUGUACGUUGCUCGAUCUCAUUACGUGUCCUUUAGAGUCAGUGGGAGAAUCUGUUCCACAUGUCACUCAGGAACUCAGCUUGCCGGAAGCUCCCUUUCAAAACAUGCUUCUAUAAUUAGGGGGAGGGAUCUAGUCUCCCAUGAUUGGGGUAAGUGAACAUGGGGAGUCAUGGACAAGCUCUUAAAGCUUCCACCUGGAAGUACAUACAUCACUGCUCAGAUUUCAUUGGGUAAAGGACAGAGCAGUGUAUUCAGGACUUGCCCUAAUGGUUACUACAAUAGGCAAACAAUCACAUCUGCAUAUCCAACGUAAGGGCUCUUUGAAAUAAUUGGGACUAGUUUUAUUGUAGGGAAUAUGUUUUUAGAAAACACAUCUUGGGACCCUGAUGAUGACAGGCUUGCUUUCUGUACUGCAAAAGGUAUGCAUUCAUUCAGCAAAUUUAUAUUGAGCACCUAUAUACUUUGUGGCAGGCAUUAUGCUAAGCCCCAAGGAUACCAUAAUGAUGAAAACACAGUGAGAUACUGACAUCAGGGAGGAAACAGAUAGGUAAACAGGCAAUUCUGCAGAGGGACCUAUACUGACACAGCAGUGCAGAGUGUUAGAGAUGGCCCCUUAAACUGUCUUGGGGAUAUUGCAGUAAGUUUCCUGGAAGAUACAACAUCUAAGCUAAGACCUAAAGGAUAUUAGUUAGGGUAAGGUAAUCGUGUAUGUGUGUGUGUUUACACACAUGAGUACAAGGUGACUACACUGUUCCAGAUAGAGGGAAUAUAAGUAGUUUAUCAAGGUUGGAUAGAGUGCAAGGGAGAGCGUUCAGAGAUAGAGCACUGAACUUUGCCCUCAUAAAUAGCAGUUUGUUUUUAUAUUUGUAUUCGUAUUUUUCCUGCUUGUGAGUGAAUAUAUUUUCCUUUUG